AUGGCCAAGGCUAAGAAAUCCGGUGACACCAUCUCCAGCCGUUUGGCUCUGGUCAUGAAGAGUGGAAAGGUCACCAUGGGCCAAAAGUCCACUCUCAAGUCUCUGCGAUCUGGCAAGGCCAAGCUUAUCCUCAUUGCUGGAAACUGCCCUCCUCUGCGCAAGUCUGAGCUUGAGUACUACGCUAUGCUUGCCAAGACUCCCGUCCACCACUUUAGCGGCAACAACAUUGAGCUUGGAACUGCUUGCGGUAAACUCUUCCGUUGCUCUACCAUGGCUGUCCUUGACCAGGGUGACUCCGACAUUCUCUCCCAGGAGGCUUAA